GCUGAUUUUAUCAUCAUUAUAAUAAUCAAGAUCGUGGAUUUUGACUUAGAAUGAACGUAUGGUCCCACUGCCACGUGGAUUGAAGCAGGGAGAGCAGCGUAUGGCAGCAGGUAGGAGAUUGAUCUCAUUUUGUGUGAGUACCUAACAAUUUUAUGAGGGAAAUGGAAGAUGGAAAAUGGGAAGGGAAAGGGGAAGGAAAGGAGAGGAUUGGAAAGGAAAAGGAGUAAUUAUUAUUUUAAUUAAUUACACCAUUUUUACAGAAUUCACCGAAUCAAAUCAGGUCUGCAACUACAAUAUUAAUAUGCCACAUGUUGUUGAUGUGAUGACAAUAGCUGCAGUUCUUACAGCUCUAUAAAAAUCAUCCCUUUUUCUUCUUUUUUGUUCUUCCUUCUCUCCCUUCCAUCUGCCCACGGCCAUGUCUCCCAGCAAGCUUGAUUCAACUGAUUCCUUUGGACAUGAGGAGGCAAGUGUUUCGUGCUCAAAGCCAGAGAAUGGUUGUGUUGAUUCACUUUCUAUUUUCCAUUCCGAGAAGGCAGUGGAAGAACUUCUUCAACAAACUCCUGUUGCAGGAAUGGAUGAACAUCUUAUAGAGUUCUCAGAAGCUUUGAGAACUGUUGCGAAGGCAUUAAGACGAGCUGCUGAAGGAAAGGCUUCUGCACAAGCUGAGGCUGCUGAAUGGAAACGGAGAUAUGAGCUGGAGAGAACCAGGAAUAUUCAGAUGGAGCAAAAAGUAUCAGGCAACAAUAACUGUGAAAUGCUACAACAUUGGUGGAUUCGAUCUUCUCUAGAUAAUGCAAUGGACAUGUUAAGAAUUAUGCUUCCAUGUCUUUUCUUCUGGGAGGUUGGGAAAGAACAAAAUAAGAGAAUAGCAGAAGCUCGCAUGGCAGAGCAGUUCUCUGCAGAGAAAAAUGGUGAUAUUGAUUGCGAGAGGGUAAAAAACUCCGACAACCAAUCAAUGCUGCAGAAUGAAUCAAAUGAGCAUUCUGAGACAGGCUGCAUGAAGCAUGGGAUUUGGUCGCAUGAGGUUCUUCGUGACAGAGAAUCAGAUUCAAAUUCCAAUGCAGAUCGUAAUAAGAUUAUGAGAAAGGCAUCUUUUAAACUUUCAUGGUGGUGCAAUGGUGAGAAUGGUGAUCAGCACAAACAUGACAUUGUCUCUUUUGAAAGAGGGAAUAUUACAACGGCAGAACGCAGUAGUAAACAGAUUUCUCUGAAGUGGGAAUCUGACCCGCAGACUGUGCUUAUUUUGACAAAACCAAAUUCGGUUUCUGUUCGGAUUCUUUGUGUACAAAUGGUCAGAUGGUUGAGAGAGAGGAAAAAGUUAAAUGUUUAUGUUGAACCACGUGUGAAGGUUGAACUUCUAGCAGAGUCAUCCAACUUCAGCUAUGUACAAACAUGGAAAGAUGACAGUGAAAUUUCACACCUACACAUGAAAGUUGAUCUGGUGAUAACUCUUGGUGGCGAUGGAACCGUUCUAUGGAGGGUUAUAAAGUUCGUAAAAAAUGUGUGUUACCAUCCUAAUGGGCAAUGUCCUUGGAGCCUAAUGAAAGAAUGGGAAGAGAUGGUUUUGAGAAGCAUAUGCAUUCGUGCUAUUGAAAGCAGCAUCAAUGUUCAAGGGACCUGUUCCUCCAAUUGUUCCAUUUUCAUUAGGUUCUUUGGGCUUUAUGACUCCUUUUCUGAACAUUUCAAAGAUUGCCUUGAUUCGGUCUUGAGGGGACCCAUCAGUAUAACGUUACGGCACCGCUUGCUAUGCCGUGUUGUUAGAGAUGCUGCUAAAAAUGAGUACGAAACAGAAGAACCUUUUCUUGUUCUAAAUGAGGUUACAAUUGACCGUGGAAUAUCAUCAUACCUCACGAACCUGGAAUGCUAUUGCGACAAUUCCUUUGUUACAUGUGUGCAAGGGGAUGGUUUAAUUUUAUCAACUACAUCUGGUAGCACUGCAUAUUCAUUGGCAGCUGGAGGAUCAAUGGUCCACCCACAGGUCCCUGGUAUCUUGUUCACACCAAUCUGUCCUCAUUCAUUAUCCUUUCGACCCCUGAUAUUGCCUGAGCAUGUAACAGUCCGGAUAAUGGUGCCGUUCAAUAGCAGAAGUCCGGCUUGGGCAUCAUUCGAUGGAAAGGACAGGAAACUGUUGGCUGCUGGGGAUGCUCUUCUGUGCAGCAUGGCACCUUGGCCCGUGCCUACAGCUUGUCAAGUUGAUUCUACUAAUGACUUUUUACGCAGUAUCCAUGACGGCCUCCAUUGGAAUCUGAGAAAGACGCAGUCAUUUGAUGGCCCUCGGGAUCGGGAUCUAUAAGGUCAUUUUCCGAACUUAUAUCUAGCUGGAAUCUAACUUAUACAUUCCAUAUGUUUCAGUCAUUGUAGGAAGGGGAAAUCAAAUUCACAAAAACUGAAAUAGCUGCAAGUUCUUGUUAUAUCACAGUAUUAUGGUUUACCCAUAAAAAUGUUUUCCCCUAAGGUUGUAGGAAGGAGCACUAUAUUUGCCCUUCUGCUGCUGCAGAUAUAACCAAAGUUGUAGUCAACACUAGAGUAUAUUUGUAUCUUUUUUAUGAGAUCAAAAGAGGAUACAUCACAAUGUGUCAAAUUUAGUUUCCAAAUUUUAGGUUGGGAGCUUUAAGAAAUAUUCUUUUUUCUUUCCCCAA